AUUAAUUACAAGUUUUUCAACAAAAAAAUAAGUUUUAAUAACAAUUAAUACAAGCGUUGAAUGCAUUGAAUGAAUAGUAAUAACAGUAAUAAUGCUAUCGAUUAGUGACGAGCAAAAGGAGUCAAUCGUACGGCUGAUGAACGCUAUAGUGAGCGACAGUCCGCGAGUCACUAAUCUUAACAAUCGGUCGAUAGUUAGCCAGAAGUUAGUGAAACUCAUCCACUAUUUUGAACACUCAAUCAGCGAAGGCAAUAAGAGUCUUCUGGUACUGAAAUGUGUGUCGUUUGAGGCGCUGAUCGAGAACUGGUUACUCGACUACUACUUCAUAUAUUAA